UUAGCGAGAUACACCAGAAAGUAUUCACAAAAAGCACUUCCCCCCCUCUCUUUUUUCUCUCUCUCUCUCUCUCUCUCUCUCUCUACAUAUCUGUACAUUUGUGUCAUAUUAUGUGUACAUCUGAUCUGAAACCCUAGCCUUUCGAUCCCGCGGACGAGGUGCAUUUGGAUGUGAGAUACGUAGUUGCUGGAAUCGUGGAGUCGGUCAGAUCGACUAUAAUGGCGGAUGUGUCCGAAGUAGGAGUGUUGGCUCAUGAGACGGCGGCGACGACGACGUACGCCAGCAAUGGCAGUGCUGAGCCGACGUACACUCACGCGUCGCCGGGGCCGCUGAUGUUGUCGGGAUCGUUUAAGGAAGGGAGGAGCUCGUCGCGGAGGAGAGCGUCGGUGAGGCCCAGCCUCGACGCUGAUGAGUUCCUUAACCUGCUUCACGGGUCGGAUCCGGUCAAGGUCGAGCUCAAUCGGCUCGAGAACGAAGUCCGAGAUAAGGACCGUGAGUUGGGGGAGGCCCAGGCGGAGAUAAAGGCCUUGAGGUUCUCCGAACGACUUAGAGAAAAGGCCGUUGAAGAGCUCACUGAAGAGCUGUCAAAGGUUGAGGAGAAGCUGAAGUUAACGGAAUCUCUUCUUGAAAGCAGAAAUCUUGAGAUAAAGAAAAUCAACGAUGAGAAGAAAGCUUCCAUGGCAGCACAGUUUGCUGCUGAAGCCACUCUUCGAAGGGUUCAUGCUGCUCAAAAGGAUGAUGAUAUGCCUCCAAUUGAAGCCAUUCUUGCACCUCUGGAGGCUGAGCUCAAGCUGGCUAAGCAAGAGAUUGCAAAGCUUCAAGAUGAUAACAAAGCCUUGGAUCGUCUUACAAAAUCAAAAGAAGCAGCCUUAAUUGAAGCUGAGAGGACUGUUCAGGUUGCCUUGGCAAAGGCCUCUUUGGUGGAUGAUCUCCAAAAUAAAAACCAGGAACUAAUGAAGCAGAUAGAAAUAUGCCAGGAAGAAAAUAAAAUUUUGGACAAAAUGCAUAGACAAAAGGUUGCAGAGGUUGAAAAGCUUACUCAAACUGUUCGGGAGUUGGAAGAGGCUGUUCUUGCUGGUGGUGCGGCUGCAAAUGCCGUGAGGGAUUAUCAACGAAAAUUUCAGGAGAUGAAUGAUGAAAGGAAAACACUUGACCGGGAGCUGGCCCGUGCAAAGGUAUCUGCAAACAGAGUGGCUGUAGUGGUUGCAAAUGAGUGGAAGGAUGCUAAUGACAAAGUGAUGCCUGUGAAGCAAUGGCUUGAAGAACGGAGAUUUUUGCAGGGAGAUAUGCAGCAACUUCGAGACAAGCUUGCUAUAGCUGAGCGAACUGCAAAGUCUGAAGCACAGUUAAAAGAAAAAUAUCAUUUACGACUAAAAGUGCUAGAGGAGAGUUUGAGAGGUUCUUCUUCUGGUAAUGCUCGCAGUACACCAGAGCGACGAAGCAUAAGCAAUGGGCCUUCUCGUCGUCAGUCCAUUGGUGGAGCUGAUAACAUCUCAAGAUUAACCUCAAAUGGCUUUUUAUCAAAGAGAACACCAACCUCUCAAUUUAGGUCCUCUUCUUUGUCCUCCAGCACCAGUGCAGUACUGAAGCAUGCUAAAGGCACCUCAAAAUCAUUUGAUGGUGGCUCAAGGUCUUUGGAAAGGAGUAAGAUUCUCUUAAAUGGAACAAGCCCCAGCUAUUCAUUCAACCAAUCUUGUGAGGGAACAAAGGAUGGUGAGGGGAAUAAUAACUGGAAAGAAAAUUCGGAUGAUAAGCCAAACGAGUUCCAGAUCGUGGAUACAGAGGAUAGCGUCCCAGGGGUUAUGUAUGAGUUACUGCAAAAAGAGGUUAUAGCUUUGAGGAAAGCAGGCCACGAGAAAGAUCAAAGCCUGAAAGACAAGGAUGACGCCAUUGAGAUGUUAGCAAAGAAGGUAGAGACAUUGACUAAGGCAAUGGAAGUUGAAGCAAAGAAGAUGAGAAGAGAAGUAGCUGCCAUGGAAAAGGAGGUAGCUGCCAUGCGUGUAGAGAAAGAACACGAGAAUAGGGCAAAAAGGUUUGGCAAUUCAAAGGGUCCUGUCACUAGUGCUCAGCUGCUUUCUGCCAGAAAUGUGACACGAGCUGGGUUGACACGCAGUACCCAAUGACAGGAAUCCUGAUUGCAGUUGCUGCAGCAAGUCUGCAUAGGCUUUCUUGCUCUUCAUUUUUAUUUCUUACUUGUAAUUUGUGAUUCUCUCUUCCCGCACGCCAUCCGACGAGUCAGAUGUCUCUACUACAUUUACUGAAUUAGCUGAGACAAGAAACUCCAGAAAGGAAACAGAAUCUGAGGAAGAAAUUGGUGUGCUUCUGACUGUUAGACUGUAAUUCCACUGCUUAGGGAUCAGGAAAAGAAAAGGAGGAAAGAUAAUUCACGUUUGGGGCUAACUUUUUGUCAGGUUUUCUUCGAGUGGCCAGUACGUGUGGUUGUAUAGGUAUCUUAUUGGCUUUUAUAUAAUUUUUUUUUUUUUUUUUUGUUCCUUUCUCAUUUUGAGUUUAUAUUUGUAUUAUGUGCCAGAGCCUAUAGCCUCUACCAGUUGCUGGUUCAUGUUUGUUAAUAUAUUUGCAAUAUUAUAUGAAUACUAAAUAAUGAAACUAGGUUUGACGUU